AUCUAAAUCUAACAUAAACAGUUUAAGUGUAUAACCUCAAACACUUUCCCUCAUAUUUUCUAAGCCAAGACAUUCGGCCCUCUCACUCUCCUUAAACUCUUUUCCGGAAAUUCUAGAGAGAGAUGGAACGUACCUGAAUAGCGAUUUGAGGUCGGGCUUCGACGGUGGCGUAGAAGGUUGUUGAAGGCAUCGUUGAAGAUCGUUGAAGGCAUCAGAUUUCUCAGGAGCAAGAUCCAAGGAAAUCUCCUGCAAAUGAUCAAACAGCAUGGUGAAAACAAAAUGCCACUGGGGUUGAUAUUAGGCUUAGGAAGGGCAUUUCGAAGAAAGCGGCCAUCAUCCCUUGACAUUCUCUCUUCAAAGAGGGCGCCGCGAGAUUACUACAAGGGGAAGAACUGCAAACCAACUGGAUUCCAUACCCGCAAAGGUGGAUAUGUUGUGGUGAAUGAAAAACUGCCUAAUUAUGUAGUCCCAGAUUUGACUGACUUCAAGCUAAAGCCUUAUGUCUCACAGUGCCCAAGAGAAGUUAAAACUGCAGAGGCAACUGAUGCGGCAAAAUAAAGCCAACAUGUCCACUUCUAAUACUCUGGUGAUUUUUGUGCCGAACAACUUUGAGUAUUUUUGAGAAAAAAUAAUAUCAAAUUUGGAUUUUACUUCCCAAAUUAGUAGAUUAUUAGCCUAAUGAGUACUUUCACCUCUCGUUUCAUAAUUUUAACAGUUGUCUCUCUAGAAUGAAAUAGACAAUGUGAAAAAUUUGGUUGGAUGAAAGUACAUCACUUGUAUGCCUCCCUCAUUCCCCUCAUUAACUAUGAAUGGAAGGAGUACUAUUUAGGUAGCGUUUGGAUUGCGUUUGCGUGAAAUUGGAUUGCAUGCAGACGCGAUUGUGGCUAUUCCAACCUAGACUGAAUUACACAACAUAUGGAUUUUCCUUG